AACAGAGUUCUGACUAUGGCUUCGGCCACACUAGCGACGAUUAGUCUCGUGUUCGCUCUUUGGUUCGGAAUUCGGGCCUUGACUACCGACAUACAUCCAGAGGAGUCAUAUUUUGCAGCGAUCAAGUCACCAGUGCUGGCGUGGGUGAUCUCCACGUUGCUUGCGGACUAUUUCAUCACUGGCUCACUGAGCAUAGCUCUUCUACAAGCACGCACUGGCGUAGUAAGAGCCGACAAUAUUAUCUACAGAAUCUUUCGAGGUGCGGUUCAAGCAGGAGUGUUUCCUGGAGUCUUUACUUUGGGGAGCAUGGUAGGGUUCCUGUGCUGGCCGACUACGUUCCUAGACAUGAUGUUCAUUAUCCCGACAGGGAGGGUGUACACUGCAACACUAUUGUACUCGCUCUUGCUGAGGGACUCAAGCACUCGCUUCAUCUCGAACGGGAGUGCCGAGGGUUCACCUCCGUCUCAACCGGUGCAGUUGACUUCCGCAAUUUCUCUCGAAGGAUUUGGGACGACCAUUCAUACUUCCGGAUGCGAAGUCGUCGUACCUGUAAACGAGACGACGAUAUCGCAAGUUUAAGCAUGCUCGGACACCUAUAUAACUAUUGGACAGAAGAUAGUAUACUUCGUACUCACCACCUGGACUUAAUAGCGUUAGUUGUUACAAGCAGACCAAUAAAUUAGAGAUUGA